GAGGCGGCGGCGAUGCAGCGAUGGCGGCGCCCGCCGCGUUCAGCCUGAGGGAGGUUCUGGACGCGUUCCGCGGGUGCGUGACGGAGCAGCAGGAGGUGCUGCUGGAGCCGUACCUGAGCGGCUGGCGGGGCCUCAUCCGCUUCCUGCAGAGCCUGGGCGCCGUCUUCUCCUUCAUCUGCAAGGACGCGGCGGCCAAGGUGUCGCUGCUGGAGGAGCUGCGGAGCCGGCAGGGCGUGCGCUCGGUGCAGGCGCUGGUGCGGGCGGAGCUGGCGGCGGGGCGGGCGGCGCUGCGGGCGCAGCCGGGCUCGGGCUGCCGGACGCUGCUGCGGCUGCACCGCGCCCUGCGCUGGCUGCAGCUCUUCCUGCAGGGGCUGCUCUCGGGGGAGCCGCGCACCUCCGUGCUCUGCACCGACGCCUACAACGCCUCCCUGGCCGAGCACCACCCCUGGCUGAUCCGCAAGGCCGCCACCGUGGCGUUCUGCGCGCUGCCCUCCCGCGACGCCUUCCUGAGCACCAUGAACGUGGGCACGAACCAGGAGGCGGAGGCGGUGCUGGGGGAGGCCAUCCCCUACAUCAGCCAGGUCUACAGCAUCACCCAGGAGCUCUUCGAGCGCCACCAGCUGCUCGACCUGCCCUGACAACCCCAUUUCUG